UUUUUUUUUUUUUCUUCUUCUUCUUUUAUCUUCCUCUUGCCAUUUUUAGGUCGAUCAUUCAUCAACAUCAGUAAUAUGGUAUCACAUCUCGAUAGUAAAGGCAGCAGUUAUACCACAAGUACCAUCAGUAAUGGAACAUCCGAACAUACGCUAUCAUCACAUUCUUAUAUGGAGGAUCCACUUGGUUUAUCUCUUUUGAACGAACAGUUAAUGGAUGAUUUAGCUAUCAUUGAUGAUUUAUAUGAUAUUUAUGGUCAAGAAUUAGAUUGUCCCGACAAAGAAUCAGUGGCUAUGAUAGCUAGAAAUGUCGCCAACAAACAUAAAGUUCUUCAAGACCUUUAUCAAUCUGAAAUCGACUAUAUUCACGAUUUGACACAUUUCCAACAACAUUAUAUUCAUUUUAUCUCACAAUGGUUGGAUGAUCCUAUUCAUCAUAAAAUCGAUAAACCAUCAGCAAAGCCGCUUUUUGUUUAUCAAGAUUUGAUUUCUAUUCAUCGCCAGUUUUUACGAAAUUUGAAUGAAAGACUGAAGAUUUGGGGACCCACACAACUUGUUGCUAAUCUGUUUGCCAAUCUUCGUUCCAUGCUUGAUGUGUAUCAUAUCUACUUUUCCAAUUAUUCCAAUAUCAUGAUGACUAUUAGUAAAUUAUACUCUUUUACUCAAUUCAACAAAUCAUUAGAGAGUCAUCAUCAUACUGGUACUACUGAUCAACCUACUCAUGAUCUCUUAUAUUACUUACGUUUACCCAUUUUCCGGAUACAAGCCUAUACUCAAGCACUCGGUCUUUUGUUACAGUUCAGCGAUCCUUCACAUAUUGAUUUUGAAGCCUUGACUUCAGUCUCACUUUCCUUCAAACAUCUUAUGUCUGAAUUACAAGAAAGAAUGGUGGAUGCUCAAACUCAUUUUCAGGUACUGGAAGCUUAUCGUACUAUUAACAAUUGUCCUGUACAAGUAACUCCAACGCGACGAUUAUUAUUGAAAUCCCGGAUGAUCAAAGUAGAUUUGGAUGAUUUGACUUCAGUAGCCGAUGUACGCACCUAUAUACUUUAUAAUGAUCAACUUAUUUUUUGCAAAAAGGAUAAUAGCAACAAAAAACAACAGCAACAAAUGACAUUACAAUACAAAGGUGAUGUGGAUUUGAUUCAUUGUGAUCUUCGUGUAUUAUCACCCGCAGUAUGUGCCAAGAUGGUAGAAGUGAAGCGUUCGGUAUUAUCUUCUUUCCGCUCCUCGAAAAAGACAUCCGCGGAUAACACAAUCGUACCACCAUCACCUGCAUAUGGUUUUGAACUCAUCACUUCAGAAAACUCGAUGGAUAUCAUGCCUAACAACUCUCAAAACGCUUCUUCUGCUACUAGUGGUGCACCAACGAAACGUCGACAUAUCAUUCGCACUCAAUCAUUGGAAGAACAAAAACUUUGGGUAGAUACUUUGAAAAAGGUCAUGCAACAUAUUAGAUGGUUACAAGCAAACAACAAUAAUUAAUUGCUGGACAACUUGGUUAUUUUAUUCAUCAUUCAUUUCAUUCAUUCAUUCAUUCAUUUAUAAUGGUAGUAGUAGUAGUAGUAGUAGUAGUAGUAGUAGUAGUAGUAGUAGUAGUAGUAGUAGUAGUAGUAGUAGUAGUAGUAGUAGUAGUAGU